AUGAAGUUUGCAGGCAUUUUUUUAAAACUGUUAGUAAUAGUUGUUAUAAUAAUUCAAGAGACAUGGCUUUCUAGCUGUAUAAUGCUAAAUAAAAUAUUUUUAUGGAUUUUAGACAGUACAAUCAUUAUUACAAUAUCUUAUUUUUUAUUUAGAUCUAUAAACAAUAUACAAAUAUAUACUAUAUAUGUAUAUAGUAUAGUAACAAAAAUAACGAUAAUAUAUUUUGUAUCUUUUCCAAAAUAUAUAAUGAAUAAAAAUCAUGAAGAUAUAUUAACAAUAUCUUAUUAUGAUAUUUUUUCUAAUAAAAUAUUUUUACUAUCAACAUGUAUAUUACUAUUAAUAUUAGUAUAUGUAUUUUUAUUUUAUAUUAUAAAUUUUUCUUUUUUAAAUAUACAUAAUAUUAAUAGUGAAAAUGCCAUAUUUUUUGUUAUAAUUGUUCAAGUUACUAUAGAUAUAAUAGAUAUAUCGUAUUUUUUUUGUUCUAGCUAUUUUAAUUUCUUUUUAUAUUAUUUUAGAUUAAAAGAAGAAUGUUACCUCUUUACUCAAUUUGAUUUAUUUUUACAUACUUCAUUAAGUACACAAAACAUAAUUCAAUUCUAUAGUAACACUCUUAAUGUAUAUGAAAUUAUGUUUAUUGUAUAUGGUGUAUUUAUAUCUUUAAAUAUAUUUUUACAUGCCUAUUCCUUACCUAGCUAUUCCAAUGAAACGAUUAUACAGAAGAAGGGUGGUGUUAUAUCCAACACCGUAAGAAACCAUCAAAAUUAUUGUAUGAACAACCCUGAAGUUUAUUUUAUACAUUUUUCUCCUCUUAACAAUAAUCCACAUUAUAACUUAAAUAAAUAUCUCAGUCAAAAGUUUUUUCACUCUAACUCAUUAGAGGGUAGAGAAAUAGAGAAUAUUCAAAAAAGUGAAAUUUUUUUUUCUUUCCAAAAAAAUAAUACCAAACUUUCACAAAAUAAUAAAUUUCAGCUUAAUGUAGGAGGGGAUGCAGAAUCUUGUCUUAAAUAUAUCAGCAUUUUUCGAUUGCUCUUUACUGAUAUACCUUUUCUUGUGGCUCGACUGUUUAACCUUUUCCUCUUUUCGGAUGGUUCGAUAUACCGAAACUCAAAGUAUUACAAGCAAAAUGCUAAUGGGAUAAAGGCAGUAGACACAAGGAAAAGACAUGAAAAAAGUAAGACAAACUUAUACAGAUUUAAAGGAAAAGAAAGUGAAGAUAAUAAUGAAGAAAUAGAGAUAGAACAGAUAAAACAUAAUUUUGAAAGAAAUAAAAGUGCUAGCUUAUUAAUAAGUUCUAUAACUAGCAAAAGAAAAAUAAUUAAAAAAGAAGGUUCUAAUGACAAAGUAAAUAUUUAUAAAAUAAAUGAAGCAAAUUAUAAUAGACCUACUAAUAUUAUUUAUGACAAAAUUCAAAAAUAUUAUUAUUUUUUAUAUAUAAAAUAUAAUGGAAUAAAUUUAAAAAAAUAUAUAUCAUGCUAUGUUGAUGAUAUUAAAACAAAUUCUAUAAAAAAUAUUUUUUUAUUUAUUUUUUUUAUUUUUCUUAUAGCUAUAAAAAUAACUAUUAUAGCUAUCAUAUUUGCAUUUAAUCUUGAUGAUCAAUUAAAAAAAAGUUUAUAUCAAAUUACACAUUUUCAUAAUAUUCAAAAUAUUGAAUUAUCUUUAAUGCUUCAAAUUAUUUUUAUUAUUAUUUCUGUAUAUGCUAUAUCUGUUUUUUUAGUUUAUUUUUUUACAUACUCUUUAUUUGAAGCAAUUUUUAUGUUUAUAUUAUCUAUUUCAAAUUUGUUGUCCUAUUCAUUUGUUUUAUUUCUUUUAUCUUUUUCUCCACCAUCCUAUGAUAUAUUUGUCUAUUUUACUGCCAACAAGGAUAUACUCUUAAUUCUCUUCGUUUUCAUAUAUGAGAUUCAUUUAUUUCUUUCUGACUCAUACAUGUUUAUAUAUAUGCUGCUUGGUGGAGAGUAUAUCACAUAUAAAUAUAGAAUAGAGAGUAACGACCAAAAUAAUUCUAAACAAAAUGAAGAAGCAUCCGUAUCUAUUUCUGUUAUAUCAUUCAUGGUUGUUAAAAUUAUAAAGUAUAUGAAAGCCCCUAUAUUAUUAAACAGGAUUAUAAUUGGAAAUAAUUUUAUUAAAAAUACUAGACUAGAUAAUUUUUUAUUUUUUUCUCAUACUAAAGAAAUAAUUAUAAAACUUAUUAUUUAUUUUUUCUGUUUUUUUAUGUAUGAAAAAAAUGAUUAUAUUAAUUUUUAUUUUUUGGUGGCAUUAUUUUCAAUCAAUAUAUUUAUAUCCUUACUUUAUUUAAUAUUAUCAAAAAUAUAUAGAAAUGCUGCUAUGAAAUCUAUAAUUGCUCAAUCUAUAUUUUCAAAUAUAAAUCGAGGUAUGUACAUGUUCCUUACAUUGUUAUAUUCAUUUUUUAUUUUGUCUACCUAUUUUAUUUCCUUCUUUUCCUUCUUUUCUUUUUCAGGUCAAAUCAAAGAGACAACCAUGAGCCAUGAAUUAGAUAACUUAUACACAAAAUACUCCUAUGAUCAUUUAAUUAUGUUCAAUAACUCUUUAAACUAUUUUUAA